GGGAGGGGAAACCCCGUGCGAGGGGCGCCGCCAUCUUGGCUGCGGGGGUGAUGGGGGCGCAGCGGAGCCGCGUCUGAGGCAGCGGAGCGAGCCCGGACCGAGCCGAGCCACAAGCCCGCGGGGCACCGGGCACCGCCCGCACAGCCGCGCUGCACAGCUCCCUGAGCCCCGAGCACAGGUGGUGGCUCCAGAGUGUUCUGAUCUGUUGGAAUGACAGAAAACUCUUCUGGUUUUGUAUAUGCUGCCCCAAACUUACUGGUAUCUCUGGACCUCGGUUCUCCUGCUGUGAACAGACACACAACAGUGCCACAAUGGCAACUGCACCUUACAACUAUUCCUACAUCUUUAAGUACAUCAUUAUUGGGGACAUGGGUGUAGGAAAGUCCUGUUUGCUUCAUCAAUUCACAGAAAAGAAGUUUAUGGCAGACUGUCCCCACACAAUUGGUGUUGAAUUUGGCACAAGAAUAAUUGAAGUUAGUGGCCAAAAAAUUAAACUACAGAUUUGGGAUACAGCAGGACAAGAGAGAUUCAGGGCUGUCACACGGAGCUACUACAGAGGAGCAGCAGGAGCUCUCAUGGUCUACGACAUCACCAGAAGAAGUACGUAUAAUCACUUAAGCAGCUGGCUGACAGAUGCAAGGAACCUCACCAAUCCAAAUACUGUGAUAAUCCUCAUAGGAAACAAAGCAGACCUGGAAGCACAGAGGGAUGUUACAUAUGAAGAAGCCAAACAAUUUGCUGAAGAAAAUGGUUUAUUGUUCCUUGAAGCAAGUGCAAAAACUGGAGAGAACGUGGAGGACGCGUUCCUGGAGGCUGCCAAGAAAAUCUACCAGAACAUCCAAGACGGAAGCCUGGACCUGAACGCGGCCGAGUCGGGCGUGCAGCACAAACCGUCAGCCCCGCAGGGGGGGCGGCUAACGAGCGAACCCCAGCCCCAGAGAGAAGGCUGUGGCUGCUAGUGACCCCUCCGUGGCUCCUCCUGACCCCUCACCUCUGGCUCUAGGGAGUGGUGCUUUUGACCGCUUCCCCAUCUUCUGUACAUCUUACUGGGUUUAAUUAAAACUCUGAGACAAGUUUAACACAGUACUAAACUGCUAAACAACUUUAGAUGUAAUCAGGUUAUCAAAGGCAAGUAGAGUAAUAAAACCUCUCCUGCAUGGUAAAUCUAGAAGUUUUUUUUUCCUUGAUUGUCCUUGUGAUAGUGUCACCGAUACAUAAUUUAAACUGAGCACUGAUGCUGGACUCCUGAUUUUACACUUUUGCAGGGCUUUGUCUUGUAUGGUUUAUUUUAUGGAUCUUUGGCCUUUCUUCCCCACCUCUAACUGUUCGAGCUGUCAGUAGUAAAGGAUAAGUUUUUGCUGUGAAAUGACUUCCAAUGGUAGCGAGGGGCUCUGUAAUGAUGUGCUUUUGUUGGAAGAAUUCCCUGUGGGAUGUGCUGGGGUCGGGGUGGCGCAGGGAAGCGAUCUGUUCAUUCUUGUGCUCAAUAGCUUUACGUCAUUCUUUUGCCACUUUUAUCCUUUACCUUUGUUAACAGAACGUAAAUAUGUAUAAAAUUUGAAGGAACUGAGCUAACAGUUAAAUACAUCCUGUGUAUAUGAUUUUAAUGAAGAAAAUGAUGCCUGGCAUUAGAGCAGUGUGUAAGAACCCCCUGUUUGUACAGUCUGAGCUCUCUGUGCCCCUGUGUCAGCGCAGCCCAGCAGGGGCUGCAGCUGCUGGGUGUCACUUGCAGGGUCCCCACGGUGCUGGGGACGCAGCCAUUAACACUAGUGGGGUGUGGCUCUCAUUCUGCACUGUGCAAUGCUCCCCUCUGCACUCAGCAGUGCUCUGCCUGCUUCUCUUUGGCAUUCUCGGGCUUCAGCCGUGGCCGGGCUCUCGCACACCUCCUGCUUUUGUACCUGUAACUUUGGGACUGGGCAGAGGCUGAACUGGGCAGUUGGAACAACAUGUGCUCUCUAGGGAUUUUUAACUACUCUUGUAUUUUUUAACAGUGCUUUGUGAGGUUUUUUUUUUUUUUUUUUUAAGGGUUUUCUUCAAGUACAUCUUUCCUGGGGUGCCACAGCCUGGUCUGUGUGUGAGGGGGUGUCACGCGGUGACCCCGCCUGGGGGGUGUUGCUGCACUAAAGUGGGGUUUUGCUGUGGCUCCUUGUGCAGCUUCACUUGGAAAACAUCACAAGGUUUAAAAAUGGAAGGGGGUAAGUGCUUAACCACAAUGCAAUAUCCCACUUCAGGCUUACUGCAGCAUUUCAAAUACAAAGUAGUCUCAAAAUCCCUCUCUAGACACUAAAACUCUACAAUGUUCAGACUUGUAAGUAACCAGUGGUACCAGAGUAUUGUACAGUCAAUGUUAAAUAAAAGCCAAAACUGGAAUGUGCAGACAAUAGGAUUUGGGUAACUCGUGUGCUGUCCCUUUGUUUGUCUGGUUAGUCCUUUUUUAACUCCUGUUCCUCAGUAGAUGGGUAUGUUCAAGAUCUCCAGCUCCUGCAUCCUGCUUAACCCAAGGCUGCACCAGGGUUUGCCCAGGGACCACGACCUGCUGCUGAUGUGAAGUCAGUGUUGUAAUGACUACAGCUUGUUGAGGUGCAAUACCUGUACUCCCAGAGUAAGUUACAGUAGGUCUCAUUGUUUCUGUCACAGAAAGGAUCUGUUUGGACUGCUGUACUCCUCAUUUGAUGUAACAAUGCUAUUAAUCUAAAUAUUUGUAAAUAAAGUACCUGUAUCUAGA